GUAUAUGGUGUUCCCAACUGUCGAAGCAAUUUCAGUUUACUUUGCAAUUUCAUACGAGAGCAAAACACAAAUUUUCUUCUGUGCGAUUUUCCCGAGAAAAUUUCUCAAGCACAGUACGUUAUACACAUGCCGUGAAGUCUUGAGCUUACACCCACAUUCUCUGCAACAUCCUUUACGAGGCUUCAGGAUCCUGACCUUUGAUGCUUCUUUUCACUAUUAGAAGCAAAAGUUCACAUCUGAUCUGGCUUUCGUCUGUUUUUAUAUCAUAUCUUGUGUAAAGGAGGGGUUUCCUCACAGUUGGCACAAAGAAACAUAAAAAAAAAAAAAAAAAAAAGUAAUGCAAGAAAAAGGGCUGACAAAGCAUUUUGGCACAUAAGUUGAAGUUUCAAGUAAAAUAUCUCAACCAUGCUGUGUAUAUCGGCACGUCAAGUGGAAUUUGUUUCAUAGUUCUACUCAAUGGGAUGGAGAGGGGUUUUCCAUUCAUUAUUCUUUUUCCUUACUUUGGUUGAGUCCUCGAGCAGAUCAGGGAAAAUGUGGUCGCUUAACCUGGAUGCUGAGUCAGCAACAUUCUUCAGCUGGCCAAUCUUCAGCGCAAGCAUAUUCGUAGCUGUUGCUCUUGUGCUCUCCAUGUAUCUUAUCUUCGAGCACUUAGCUGCUUAUAAUCAGCCAGAGGAGCAGAAGUUUCUAAUUGGUCUCAUUCUUAUGGUUCCUGUUUAUGCUCUAGAAUCGUUUUUGUCACUUUUGAAUUCAGGUGCUGCAUUCAACUGUGAAGUAAUUCGUGACUGCUAUGAGGCUUUUGCUUUGUAUUGCUUCGAGAGAUACCUGAUAGCCUGCUUAGGUGGUGAGGAAAGUACAAUCGAGUUUAUGGAAAGUCAGAGCCUAAUGGACCCCAGCACACCUCUUUUGAAAGAUGCAUACAGUUAUGGAGUUGUAGAACAUCCUUUUCCAUUAAAUUGGAUCCUAAGAGAUUGGUACCUUGGUCCUGAGUUCUAUAAUGCCGUGAAAAUUGGCAUAGUUCAAUAUAUGAUAUUGAAGAUGAUCUGUGCAUUGCUAGCAAUGAUUCUAGAAACUUUUGGGGUUUAUGGGGAAGGGAAGUUUGAGUGGAGAUAUGGCUAUCCAUACUUGGCAGUUGUUCUUAAUUUUAGUCAGACAUGGGCUUUAUAUUGCCUUGUACAAUUCUACACUGUUAUUAAAGAUAAAUUACAACCGAUUAAACCACUGGCAAAGUUUCUGACUUUCAAAUCGAUAGUAUUCCUGACAUGGUGGCAAGGUGUUGCUGUUGCAUUUCUUUUCGCCAUGGGAGCCUUUAAAGGAUCUUUGGCUCAGGAGCUGAAAACACGUAUACAAGACUACAUCAUCUGUAUAGAGAUGGGUAUUGCUGCCGUGGUGCACCUGUAUGUCUUCCCAGCAGUACCUUACAAACGCGGAGAACGAUGUGUUCGUAAUGUAUCUGUGAUGGCUGACUAUGCAUCAUUAGGAUCUCCCCCUGAUCCAGACGAGGUUCGUGACUGCGAAAGAUCAACUAGAGUACGCCUGGCUCGGCAUGAUGAGAGAGAAAAGCGCUUGAAUUUUCCUCAGAGUGUUCGUGACGUGGUCCUUGGAAGUGGCGAAAUUAUUGUUGACGACAUGAAGUAUACAGUAUCACAUGUUGUAGAACCAGUGGAAAGGGGAAUUGCAAAGAUAAAUAAAACCUUCCACAAGAUAUCUGAAAAUGUGAAACGCUAUGAGGAGCAGAGGAGGAGCAGCAGGGAUGAUAGUUAUGUUAUCCCCAUGAAUUCAUGGACGGGGGAAUUUUCAGAAGUUCACGAUAAUCUUGUUGAAGGUAGUGUUAGUGACAGUGGUUUGUCCAAUGGGAAAAGACAGCAUCCCCAACCCAGAGCCUCGGUAUCUCGAAGUAGAACGGGCAGAUAAUGUUUGUCAUGUAAAUACACAAGAGUAAAAACUCAAAAUUUUUAGCUGAAAAGCUGGUGGCUUUUAUGGAGGCAAACACAUCAAGGGGGUGAAAAGUGAGUUUAUGCACAGGAUUUCCUUUUAAUUAGAGAA